CUCUUUGGGUUGGGGUAGAUGAAUGUAGAGCAGGAGACCCUGGAAGAUGUCUAACAUGUUUCUGCAGGACCACAGGCCACUGGCUGGCGUGGAGCACAUGCUUGUGGUGGGCUGUUUGUCUGCGUGAAGCUGGCAUGGCCUCCCGUUUCCCUGCAUCUGUUCCCCAUUAGGAGAGGCCGAGAAUAUAAAGCUGAGAGCUGACGGAGGCUGGGAACAGUCUGGUUCCUGCCUGGAUCAUGGGGUUUAGCGUCUGGGUGUGUGUGCUGUGCCUGCAGGCGAGCUUGCUGUCACAAGCCUUGGACUGCUCAGGAGCAAGCCGAGGAGAGCUCUGCGUCCGCGGGCAGACCACAAACAGACAGCAAGAUGAUCCGAGUGAGCAGAGGGCAUUACCCUUCACCGAUGGGCUGGUUUCGCUCAGACGUAAGAGGCAGCUGGAGCGGCGGGGUCCCACCCACCUGAGUCACUUAAGCCUGCCUGGAGCUGUGUCUGUCAGAGGCUUCCCUAAAACUCUCAUCCAGGCUGAUAGGUCCAGGAGACAUUUGAUUCAAGCUGCGAAGAAAAAGAGCAAGCGCAAAACCCGCCCCGGCACUUUCUCCCUCCUUAGCAACGACAAGACAUCCGCCCCCCUACAGGUGGUCAGAGUGAGGAGACAGGUGAAGCUGGAUCCACUCAAGAGGGGGAAGACAGGUCGUACCGGAGCUUUCUCUGUCUUGGGAGAUCCCCAGACUGACGGACAGAGCGAAAGACCUGAAAGGAGCGUGUAAAAGAGAAAGCAAACUAAAGACUGUUCUGAAAAAUCUAAAAUUUACAAGAAAAACUGUCAGCGUAAUAGUGUGCGCAUCAUUAGAUUGCUAAACUAGCUCACAGUCUAUAAUUACAGCUCCCUUCUAGAUUAAGCAGUUCUAAUUUCUAAUAUAUCCCUGCAUGUUCUUUAUGAUAAUAUAGCUGUUAUGUGUGUUUCUAAUUAAUCACAUAUUUCUUUUAUUGAUUGAAGAUAUAUUUUUGCAGAACUUUUUCUUGUAUCUGGUUCCAAUACAUGGAAUCCAAAGCUAAUAAAGACUUUAAUAAUCAA